UGAAUUCGUCGGGCUGUUUAACCAAGCGCACAGUAGUUGCUGUAUGGGCAGCCUGUAUUUGUGGAGUAAAUUGUAUGUAUUUAGCUCCAGAUGGAGAUAUUAGGGAGCACGUUUGACGACUCGGUGUUUUCGGAGGUCAGAGACCGAGUGUGUGCGUCUCUGUCUUCUUACAGCGCCAAACUGUGUGAGCCAGAGUGGUUUUGUGACAGUGCUGCUCUGGAUGCUGAAGAUUCUCUGGAGAAGCAGAAAGUCUACAAGUUCAGAGGUGACCUGGCUGUGAGACAAGGAAACUAUCAGAAAGCCUUGGAGGCAUACAGCAGCUGCCUGCAGUGGAUCGCUGACAACAACCUGACCAUUAGACGAGAUGUCGUGGAGGGGAUGGCCCGAUGCUGCACCAGACUGGGACAGAGAGACAGAGCGCUGGAGUUGGCCCAGUUACUGAGCAAAGACGCCUCCAACACCUGUCACCUAACCAGCCUCCUGCUGCUCAAGGUCAGCAUCUAUGAGCAGUUUGGAGCUGUAGGAUCAAAGAUGUCGUCUCUGCAGCAGCUGUGUAGCCUGCUGCCCUUUAACCCCUGGCACUGGUUCAGCCUGGGACAGAUGUGUUUGCAACUGCUGGACAGAAACAGAACCACAGAAUCCUCCUCCUCUGAGAGCUGCAAAUCAACAGAUGAGCAGGAGGACAGAGAGGGGCAUCAGGAGGAGACCGCAGAACUCAGCGAGGACAGAGUCUGGCUCAAAGCUUGCACUUGUUUCAUCAGGACAAGACUCCUGUUGAGAAUCCUACGACAACAGCAGUCCUCCUUUGUGCUUCAGCGUAGUGAGAGAGUCCUACAGAUGACAGAAGAGGCGUUACAGCGGCUAAACCCCAAACAAGAAACCCUGCAGGCUCUCACUGAGGUGAUGUCAGAGGACCUGAUCCCAGAGAAGAUGAGGGAGGACUACCAGGAUGGGGAGAGCCUGACCAGUGUCUCUUUGCACAGCUUCAGACAGCGCUGGUGGAACAAGAUCUUACUGACAGGCGUGUUAGAGACUGACGGGCAGCAGCAUAAAAUACAAUAUCCUCAUGCUGCAGUGUAGACUGUUUACAAAUGUGCACACAGACAGGAGGGA